AUGAGGAUACGCAAGGCAUGCCACCCCGUCUUCCGCACACUCUCGUCACCGUCUCUUGUCCCCUUGCGCAAUCAAUCCUACGGUGUUGCAUCCUUCUAUGCGCUCUCCAAAGCUCACCACCCCGACGCAAAUCGCUCCGACCCCGACGCCGCCCACACCUUCUCCCUCAUCUCCGAGUCCUACACCAUCCUCUCCGACGCCUCCCGCCGCGCCUCCUACGACCGCGACGUCCUGCGCCUUCACCACCAAUCUCACAACCCUCACCAAGCCUCCUACCACAGCACCAACCCCGCCGGCGGCCGUCCCCCCUCCGGCCUGAGCCGCCGCAGAGGAACCUUCCGCGGCCCUCCUCCCAGCUUCUACCGCAACGGCGGAUGGGGCGCGCACGCCGACAAGCGCCACCAGGCACACGAGGAGUCCACCGGCAGCUCUGGCUCAGCAUCUGAGACGGACCGCGCCAACCCAUGGAACACGAGCGCCUUCCACCAGACGCAUCACUACGGCGGGAUGGGCCCGGGGUCUGAUCCUUUCCACCACCGAGACGAGCACGUGCCGCACUUUGACAAGGCCGGCCACACGAGGACGCACGAGAGGCAGGAUCACCGCCGGUGGAAGCGCCAGAAGAGGGCUGUUGGGGACGACGACAUUGAGUUUGAGCCGCAGACGAGCCUGGCGGGGCACUUUUUGAUCGUGGCGGGCAUAUUGGCGGCGACGUUUCUGGCACCGGCGGUGUAUUUGCAGUUUAUGCGCCUGGGGAGGCAGAAGAAGGAGAGGGAGUAG